UAGCUACUUCAUGAGUUGAGUUUAAGGUUUCGUAAUGCAAUUUCUUGGCUUUGUGCAUAUGAUGGGUUCAUCAAGAGCGACACGUUUGUCAAUUAUUAAUCUGCUUUGUUUGUGGAGCUCUUAAUCUUCCUUCUUUCUUGGCAGUAAUUAUUAUCUGUUUGAGAUCUGCAGUUCUGUGCACCGGCUUAUGAAGUGUUAUUUUUGUUUCUAAUGUGCACGGCUCUGUAUGUUUUAACUAUAAAUUAUUUGUUAAAAGGCAUGGUGAUUGAUUUCGAUUGCAGAGAUAUUCCUGUGGAGAGGAAGUGCAAGAGCUAGCUAUGGGAAACUCAUGUGCUACUGGCGCCUGCAGAGGAGCAAAGAAGGGAUCCGACCUGGCACCUUCUUCGGCGAAAGGAGGAUUAAACCAGGGAUCCGACGUGCCACCUCCUCCCGAGGGAGACGGAGCAAACCAGGUAUCCGACGAGGCACCUUCAACCGCGGUGCAGAAUACCUACAAGUGGAGGAUCGAUGGUUUCUCCUCGCUUGUUGAGAAGGGAAAAGGACCGACCUACUCCAAUGUGUUUCAGAUGAAGAAGGGGCUCAACUGGCACUUGGUAGUGAACCUAAGGGACACAAAGAGUGGCGACCAGAAUGAGUAUGUUUCUCUUCAGCUUGAGUUGGCAAAUGUGAGUCCGGACACGAUCGUGGAGACAACUUUGAAGUUUUUGAUAUAUGACCAGUUAUUUGGAAAACACCAUGAACAGCAAGUUAGCCACAAUUUCGAGACAGGAAGCACAUGCUCUGGAACCUCAUGCAUGAUUCCUCUCGCGGCACUCAAGGAAAGGUCCUCCGGAUUCCUGGUCAACAAUAGCUGUGUUUUCGCGGUUGAGUUCAUCACAGUUGUCGUUGCUAAAGCUAACGAUACGUUAGAGGCGCUGUUUGUUCAGAAGACGAACAACGUCUGCAGUGAACCCCAAGUCUACACCUGGCACAUUGAGGACUUCUUUGUGUUGAAGAAUCCGAGCUGCUCUCCUGAGUUUGAGCUCUGUGGACACAAAUGGUGCAUCAGAAUCUAUCCAUCUGGAGAUGAUGAUACGAAUGGGAACUACCUCUCCUUGUACGUGGUCAGGAACGGGCCGGAUACACUGGACGAGAACUUGGCAUACCUGAUAGAGCAAACCAUAUCCAUCAAAACCCAGGAAACUGGCAAGGGCCUGGCAAAAAAAGGCCGGAUCGAGUACUCGAACAAAUGUACCUGUUGGGGAUGGGAAAAGUUCAUAUCUCUAGAAGAUUUCAAGGACCCGGCAAAUGGUUAUCUGGUGAAAACAAAGUGCUGCAUCGAAGUUGAGGUUGCGGUUAUUGGUUCCUCCAAGACGAAGUAGCUAGAUUACUCGUAGCCUACGCGGAUGCUUGUGUUAAUGUGUGCUUAUGCACUUAGCUUGAAUUGCUAUUCUGCCUCCGUAUCUUCUCGUGUCGUUACAAGUCUAUAAAACUGCAAAGACCCAAAGGAACAUUCAGAAAUGUGUAUGUUUCUCAGGUUGCUGGUCAUGUCUUUUUGGUGUAGUGCCAUGAUGAAUGAAUGGAUACGCAAAAUUAGCAGA